GGUGGAUCUGCUGGAGCUGCUGGAUCUGCUGGAUCUGAUGCUGAGCGUGUGCUCAGCUGCUGCACAUCCACAGGACAGACAGAGGAAAGGCUGCGGACAUAGAUCACUGAGCGCACGACUCCGAAACAAGAGCACUGUCACUGAGCUGUUAUUCACUUGUCCUGCAUCAUGGAGGCUCAGCCUGGUGCAUCAUGGGAGCUCAUCAACGGUGUGACAGAUACAAUAUAUAAGGGCUGAGAGGUCAUUAUGGAGACUGACAGCUACACCCCCACCACCACUGACUGGGCUGGGACGUUGGAUGGCCUGGAGGGAAUGGGAAUCCUUCAGGAGCAGGGUGGUGUACCAGGAAGCCCGGACUCCUGGUACACGCCGUACUCACUGGGCUUCCAGGUCUCGCUAACUGGCUUCCUCAUGCUGGAGCUGGUUUUGGGUUUCAGCAGCAACCUGACUGUGCUGGUGCUCUACUGCUCCCAAUCAAAUCUAGUGGACUCAGUGAGCAACAUGGUGACGGUGAACCUGCACGUGCUGGAUGUAGCAGUGUGUGUGCUUUGUUUGCCCCUCACCCUGGUGGUGGUGCUUCUGCCUCCCGGACCGAACAUGGCCCUGAUCUGCUGCUUCCACGAGGCGUGCGUCACCUUUGCCAGCAUAGCCACGGCCGUCAACAUCCUGGUCAUCAGCUUGGACAGAUACGACAUUUCAGUGCGGCCGGCCAACAGGCUGCUGACCACGCGGAGAGCCGCGCUGCUCCUGGCUGCCGUUUGGGUUACCUCUGUGGCUGUGUUUUUUAUCCCGUUCUUGGAGGUGCAGUGGUCCAGUGGAGAAGAGGAGCAGGUGACGCCUUUGUCGCUGUCGUCAAAUGGUCCCGCUGUGGUGCCGGCUUGGCGUAACCAGACUCUGCUGUGUGUUGGCGGGCAGGGCUUCAACACAGGCCUGGGUAUGUAUUACCAUCUGAUCCUGCAGGUGCCCAUCUUCUUCACCACAGUGGCAGUCAUGCUGUUUACCUACUCCAGGAUACUGAGGGCUUUAAACAUCCGCAUUGGCUCCCACAUGAAGAAGGGCCAGCGGUUCAGGGGGCAAAACCAGAGACAGCAAAAAAGGAGGGCUGGAAUCAGAAAGAGGGACGGUGGGGAGGUAGGAGGGGAGCAGUGCACCACAGAUUUCACCAAACAGCUAAGCCACCCGCCUCUCAUCCCUUCACCUUCCCCCACACACCCCAAUGACAAUGACACCCCCACAGCUACCUCCCCCCCAGCCCUGUCCUCCUCCGCCCCGCUCCUCACCUCUGACACGGGAGCAGCCACCGCCAUGCCCUCCUCCAUGGGAGUCCAGGCCUCCGUGUCGGCCAUCAUUGCGCUGAGGCGUGCUGUGCGGAGACACAGGGAUCGGCGAGAGCGGCAGAGGCGGGUGUUCAGGAUGUCCCUCAUCAUUAUCACCACCUUCCUGGGCUGUUGGGCCCCCCUCUCUGUGACCAACCUGCUAAUCCUGGGCAUCGGCCCCAGUGACGCCCUGGUCAGCCUGCGCCUCUGGUUCUUAGCCCUGGCAUACGGCACCACCGUCUCCCACCCUCUGCUCUACGCGUUCACCCGGCAGAAGCUGCGCCGGGCCCUCCGUGCUAAGGUUAAGAAGAGGGUGGUGUCUCUGCUCCAGGUGGACCCUUCACCGGGGGGCACCGUCAUACACAACUCCUGGGUGGAGAACAGAAAAACCAGCAGGAAGGUGCGGCUGGAAGCGAGCGAAGGUACUGACCGCUGCCUGGCUGAGGUCCUGUGAGACUGGCACAGUAAUUAAAAAAGAAAUAAACACACAAUGAAGUCACAGGUGCGCUCCAUUGUGAAACUCACUGGUGUGUGAAGCCGGAGUGUGAAGCCAGUGUAAAAAGUGUGAAAAACACAUUUCCACCUCUGGGAAAUGUCUUAACGUUAGCACCACCAGCAGCAGCAGCAGCAACACGCUAAACAAAGCAGGGGUGCACACAGCCUCUGCAGCUGAAGAAAUCAACAACAAAAGCAUACAAAUGUACAUAUUUUGCACAACCAUAAUCCAAAAGUAUGUUUACAUAUGGAGUUGUAUGAUAGAUUAUGGUGUUCAUCCAACAGCUCCAAAGAAUGAGUUUUGCCCGCAGAUGAUCUGAUCUGCCGCCCACUCAGAUGCUCGAAGGCAGCUUUAAAAAAAAAUGUUGAUUCACUACACAUAGAAAAUAAAUAUUCAACAAACUCUUUGAAUGUAUUUAUCUUGGCUGUCUUAGUUUUGCUGUGAUGGUAUCAUGUUUUCCAAAGCAAAGGGGGAACAUAUACUUUUACAGGCAAAGCACAUUGAUAUGUUGAUGAUGUAAAUGAAUCAGCAUUUAGGAGAGGAUAAGGUCAGAGAACAAUUAAAGGCUAGUGUUAAAUAUUACCUGCUGUUUUGCUUUAGCUAUAGUACUUAUUACACGGUUAAUAUUACAGUGUUAACAUGAAAUCUUGCAAUGCUCUUUCUUUAUAAAUGCAACUCUUUUGGUCCCAAAUUUUUAUCAAAUGGUGUAAUGUCUUGAUUGGUGUUUUGCAUAUGCAGCCUGGACAAAAUAAGCUCAUUUGUCAAGAUGUUUUUGGAAUAAAGCUUACUGGAGAAUUAGGUAAGGGGGAUUGAUUUCCUUUGUGUACAGUCAGUCAAUAUGAAGCUUCAGGCAACAGUCGAUUACCUUAGCUCAGCAGAAAGACAGGAAACAGAGGGAAACAGUUUGGCUCUGUCCAAAUAAACAAAUGUCCGUGUUUUUGCACUUCACACAGAGCCAGACUCGUUAAUUUCCCCGCUUUCAACUCUUUAUGGUACGCUAAGCUAACCAGCUGCCGACUGUUACUUCAUAUUAAGCAUAGACACAUGCAAUCAAACACCUUAUCAAACUCUCAGUUUAAAUAAGCUUCUUUCCCAAAAUGUCUAACAUGUCCUUUAAAUAGUAAAAACAGAACUCUAUUUUUAUGAUUUAUAAAAUAUUGAACAAUGUAAAAUGCUAAGGUGACACAAUAACAGGAAACCCUUAUUAUGAUGCAGUCCAGAACAUGAACCAAAAUGACAGAAUUUAAAUAAAUCCAUGUUCAUUUAACACCGUUCUGACAAACUGUAACAAAUUAUGCACAAUUACUGCAAAAAAAGGUACUCAUUGCAGGUCUGUUGUUCUGGGUUGCAUUAUAUUUAAGGUGUGUCUUUUGCUUUAAUUCGGCAUGUUAAAAGCAUGCCGUUCGCUUUUGUAAUAGCAUUUAUGUACAUGUUGUAAAUACUGAACAGACAACAAUAUACUUAAUGUGAAAUAUACUGUGCAAGUCACUUCGUCUGUAUGUGACUAGAGACUUUUUCUUGAUUUAGAGGUCGUCCAAAUGUGCACUCCAGCGGGUCAGCCUCAGCAAACACAAGAGAGAAACUGUCCCCACAGAUUGAGGGAUCGUUAAUAAGACAAGAGUUUCUCAUUGACCUUAUUCUGCCUGACUGUGUGUGUGCUCUAAUGCUUUACUCACACUGGGGCUCAUUUCAGGGACCAUGUGAUUUCUCUCUCACACACACACACACACACACACACACACACACACACACACACACACACACACACACACACACACACACACACACACACACACACACACACACACACACACACACACACACACACACAAACGAUUGAUGUGUUCUUGAAUGUAAAACAUGAAAAAGAUUAAUAUUAUACUGUAUGUAAACCAAGAAUAUGCUAUAUUUAUAUGUUUUCUUCAUGGUGUUGUUUUUAUGUGAAUGUAUACCAUG